AUGUGUUGAAAUUGGUGUAAAAUGUAAAUGAAUCUCCAUGAAGAACAACUUAUUGAUAGCUUCAUUUGUCCUGGUUAUAGUGCCUUCACCAAUGAUUUGGUUCUCACAGAACAGCCACAACAGGGUUUUCAUCUGCGUUUUUCUUCAUUUUGAAACGCUUCACUUGCUGUACUGUGACGUAUUACGUGAGCGACGCUGAUAGACUGUCUGAUAGCAAGCAGCUAUGGGUCAAAGUCAGAGUGGAGGACAUGGACCCGGAGGAGGAAAGAAAGACGACAAGGAUAAGAAAAAGAAAUAUGAACCACCUAUCCCCACCAGGGUUGGGAAGAGGAAGAAGAAGAGCAAGGGACCUGAUGCUGCCAGCAAGCUACCUCUUGUAACUCCCCACACACACUGCAGGCUGAAACUGCUGAAGCAGGAGAGGAUCAAAGACUACUUGCUGAUGGAGGAGGAGUUUAUCAGGAACCAGGAACAGAUGAAACCCCUGGAGGAGAAACAGGAGGAGGAGAGGUCUAAGGUAGAUGAUCUGAGAGGGACUCCCAUGUCAGUGGGGAACCUGGAGGAGAUCAUUGAUGACAACCACGCCAUCGUUUCCACGUCUGUGGGCUCUGAGCACUAUGUCAGCAUCCUCUCCUUCGUAGACAAAGAUCUGCUGGAGCCGGGCUGUUCCGUCCUUCUCAACCACAAAGUCCAUGCCGUCAUUGGGGUCCUGAUGGAUGACACCGAUCCUCUGGUGACCGUGAUGAAGGUGGAGAAGGCUCCACAGGAAACAUAUGCUGACAUUGGUGGACUGGACCAGCAGAUCCAGGAAAUUAAGGAGUCUGUGGAGCUCCCUCUGACCCAUCCAGAGUACUAUGAAGAGAUGGGCAUCAAGCCUCCUAAAGGAGUCAUUCUGUAUGGAGCACCAGGGACAGGGAAGACCCUAUUGGCGAAAGCAGUGGCCAACCAGACUUCGGCGACUUUCCUGCGUGUGGUGGGCUCUGAGUUGAUUCAGAAGUACCUAGGGGAUGGGCCCAAGCUGGUCCGAGAGCUGUUUAGGGUGGCUGAGGAACACGCACCCUCCAUCGUCUUCAUCGACGAGAUCGACGCUAUCGGGACUAAGAGAUAUGACUCUAACUCAGGAGGGGAGCGGGAGAUCCAAAGGACUUUGCUGGAGCUUCUCAACCAGCUGGAUGGCUUUGACUCCAGAGGAGAUGUUAAGGUCAUUAUGGCCACCAACAGGAUAGAGACCCUGGACCCUGCACUCAUCAGACCAGGCCGUAUUGACCGAAAGAUAGAGUUCCCCUUGCCGGAUGAGAAGACCAAGCGAAGGAUCUUCCAGAUCCACACCAGCAGGAUGACUGUGGCAGACGAUGUGAUCCUGGACGACCUGAUCCUAGCCAAGGAUGACCUCUCCGGAGCUGACAUCAAGGCCAUUUGUACAGAGGCAGGGCUGAUGGCUCUGAGAGAGCGCAGGAUGAAGGUGACUAAUGAGGACUUUAAGAAGUCAAAGGAGAACGUGCUGUACAAGAAACAGGAAGGGACACCAGAGGGCUUGUACCUCUAAACAUGGACAGAACUCACCUCGGCAACAUUCUAGUCUUUCACUUACUGCUGCGAAACUGUUAUUAUCGCCUAGUAAAACCUUUCCUGAUGUGUUCAUUGUAUCGUUGGGUCUAGAUGUAGUCAGCUGUUUGGUAGUCAAUUCUGCAGCUAUUAAAUAAAAGUUGGAUUUCUGAACAAAUGAACAAACUGUAUUCUGGUCUGUUACCAUAACCUAAGUAUUACCUCUUGAAGUACAAUAAUAAUAAAUCAACCAUUUGGGAAACUGUU